AUGCGGUUCCAAUCCAUUGCCGUAUGGCUCUUUGCCUGCGCAGUUUCAUCAGUAUACGGUACCGCUUUGACCUACAAACUCGAUGCUGCUGAGAAAGCUUGCUUUUACUCCUGGAUUGAUAAACCACCGGCGAAAAUCGCCUUUUACUUCGCUGUGCAAUCUGGUGGCUCGUUCGAUAUCGAUUUCUCCGUGUAUGGUCCAGGUGAGAAGCUGGUUAUGGAUGGAACGAAGGAGAGGCAGGGUGAUUUCGUGUUUACCGCCCAGUCUGUGGGAGAAUACCGUUUCUGCUUCAAUAACGAGAUGUCCACUUUUGCGGAGAAGACCGUGGACUUUGAGAUUGCUGUUGAGAACGAGGAACGAACUCAGCUCCCAUCGAAGCCUGGCACUCCCCCUGAGCAAGCCUCCGCCGUUGAAGAGACGAUUUUCAGACUGGGUGGCCAACUGUCUACCAUCAGCCGAAACCAGAAGUACUUCCGAACACGAGAGAAUAGGAAUUUCAGCACCGUGCGGAGCACUGAAAAGAGAAUAUUCAACUUCAGCAUUAUUGAAAGUUUGAUGAUGAUUUCAAUGGCUGGCCUUCAGGUGUUUAUUGUCAGGUUCUUUUUCCAGGGUGCCAGGAAAGGUAUAGAUGAACCGACGGAGCCAGCACCGGGCAUCUUAAGAUCGUCCAUGCAGCUCACCCCUUCCCUCUCCCUGCUCCUGCAUUGCCUUAUCGGGCUGCGAGCAUCAUGCUAA